UACCAAAAGAACGGGCUCUAUCAGGAUGUCGCUGAAAAUACAGUGAGAGCAGUUUAUUUACUGUAGUUGUCAGCGGCCGUACACACGUUGCGCUGAAUGUCACCCAGUUGUUUGUGUUGAUAGAGACAGGAAAACGCUGCACAAAAACAACCUGUGUAACCAAACCGCCGGCAGAGCCGAUCUGUGAAAUACGCCAUUGAAGAGGAGCUUGGACGGCAUGCAAAGUUGUGAAAUUUCGUCAGAUAGCACUGAUGAUCCUCUUAGUAGCGGCCUACGUACUCAUCGGCAGCCUCGAAUAGUAGUGAUUGGCGCUGGCUUGGCCGGCCUUGCUGCAACUAAGGUCCUACUGAAAAACGGCUUCACGGAUGUCACUGUUCUAGAGGCAUCAGACCACAUCGGCGGGCGAGUUCACAGUGUUCAGGACGGAAAAGCAACUUUGGAGCUUGGAGCCACCUGGAUCCAUGGUGCCAACGGGAACCCAGUGUACCACCUGGCAGAGGACAACGGGCUGCUGGAGCACACCACAGAUGGGGAGAGGAGCGUGGGACGCAUCAGCCUGUACACCAAGAAUGGUGUGGCUCACUACCAGACCAACGCAGGGAAGAGGAUCCCCAAGGACCUGGUGGAGGAGUUCAGUGACCUGUACAAUGAGGUGUACGAGCUGACUCAGGAGUUCUUCCAGAAUGGGAAGCCAGUUUGCGCUGAGAGCCAGAACAGCGUUGGCGUCUUUACGCGAGACGUGGUGCGCAAGAGGAUCAUGUUGGAUCCUGAUGAUUCUGAGAGCACCAAGAAGCUCAAACUGUCCAUGCUUCAACAAUACCUCAAGGUGGAGAGUUGCGAAAGCAGCUCUCCCAGUAUGGAUGAGGUGUCUCUGAGUGAGUUUGGUGAGUGGACAGAGAUCCCUGGUGCACAUUAUGUCAUUCCUGAGGGUUUCAUGAAGAUCAUUGAGCUCCUGGCCCAGGACAUCCCCUCCCGCACCAUCUGCCUUAGCAAACCGGUCCGCUGCAUCCACUGGAACUACUCCGCCCAGCAUCAGGAGGUGAUCGCCAAGAGCAAUGACACCAACCGGGACAACAACCACAAUGAAAACAACCACAGCUGCCAGCCUGACCAGGACCCUCUUAUCCUGGGUCACCCCAUUUACGUGGAGUGCGAAGAUGAGGAGUGGAUCACGGCUGACCACGUGAUCGUGACAGCUUCUCUCGGCGUGCUUAAGCAGAACCAUGAAGCCAUGUUCUCCCCCUCUCUGCCUGAGGAUAAGGUGCUCGCCAUCGAGAAGCUGGGCAUCAGCACCACCGAUAAGAUAUUCUUAGAGUUUGAAGAGCCCUUCUGGAGCCCCGAGUGCAACAGCAUCCAGUUUGUGUGGGAGGAUGAGGCUCAGCUCGAACAGCUGGUCUACCCCGAGGAGCUGUGGUACAAGAAGAUCUGCAGCUUUGACGUCCUCUACCCACCCGAGCGCUACGGCUACAUGCUGAGCGGCUGGAUCUGUGGGCAGGAGGCACUGUACAUGGAGCGCUGUGAUGACGAAACAGUGGCUGAGACCUGCACUGAGCUGCUGAGGCGCUUUACGGGGAACCCUGACAUUCCAAAGCCCCGGCGUGUCCUGCGCUCCUCGUGGGGCAGUAACCCUUACAUCCGAGGCUCCUACUCCUUCACCAGGGUGGGCUCUAGUGGUGGGGACUGCGAGAGGCUGGCCAUGCCACUGCCUUACGCCAACAGCACCAAGGCUCCGCCUCUGCAGGUCCUGUUCGCUGGAGAGGCCACCCACAGAAAAUACUAUUCCACUACCCAUGGUGCUUUGCUGUCAGGACAGAGAGAAGCCACUCGCCUGAUAGAGAUGUACCAGGACUUGCACAGAGCUAAAACCACAAAGCCUAAUAUGUAAAAUAAACCACCUCUGACUAGUGAAAAAAAAAAAAAACAAUAUAAAACUGUUGAGUUUUAAUCUUUUUAUCUUGAUGAUUAAGUUAUACUUUAAA